CCGUAAAGCUCUCUGAUAAGUCUUGUGUGUAUGAACGAUGUGCUGCACACACUCAGUCAUUAGAUAAUUGAUUUAAUUUGCUGUUGAAAUAUUACACGGUGUGCAACAUGAAAUUAUGGAGUUAUUUUGUCAUUGUGACAGGAAUUAUUUUUCUUUUUGGCUUGAUCUUCAACUUGAUGAAUCGAACUGAUGUGAAGACUUUCAGUUUAAGUUACAUCAGGGUCAAUAAGGAGCAAAUAAGACAAAUCUUAGCUACUCAAAAGGCAAAUCCACCAGAGUGUGUGGAGCUCAGCAAGUUGCUUACUCUUACGCCUAAGAGGUUUAAGGAUGAUGAUUUUAUCGACCUCUUCAAGAAAACACAGAAAUGUACAUGGUAUAGAAAUUCUGAAGCAAACCAGAAAUUCAGAGCACGGCUAACAAAUUGCUGCAAUGCAAUCCAAAACUUUACUGUUACACAAGUCAACACAGCACUAGGAGCAAAUCUAACUUAUGAUGCACAACCUAAAAAGCAAAUAACGAUCACGGAAGAUAUUUUUAAUUUGCUUCCUCAGAACGGCUCGAUUUCAAGAUCCUCACACUUUAUCUAUCAGACUGAGCCUUUUAAAUUACCGUUAUCUAAACUCUGUGCUGUGGUGGGAAAUGGAGGAAUUCUAACUAAUAGCAGCUGUGGAGAGGAAAUAGAUCAGGCUGACUUUGUGUUCAGGUGUAAUCUUGCUCCUAUUGUUGGCAGAGGAGAUGAUGUGGGAUUGAAAACUGACCUGGUGACAGCUAACCCAUCCAUAAUGUCAAUUAAAUAUCAAAGUCUAAAUUUUAGAAGAAAGCCCUUUUGGGAGAGUACAAAGGUCUAUGGGAAAGCAUUUAUUCUAUUACCUGCAUUUUCUUAUCUAUCAAAUACUGGCAUAGUAUUUAAAGUUUCCUAUACACUGGAAGAUUUUGGUUCAAAACUGCAGCCAAUAUAUUUAAACCCUUCUUACAUAGUAAAUAUCACUCAGUUCUGGAAAUCCGUCGGUGUGUCUGAGACUCGACUAUCUAGUGGCUUGAUAGUAUUGAGUGCAGCACUGGAGCUUUGUGACGAGGUGUGGCUAUAUGGAUUCUGGCCCUUCUCGAAAAACAUGGAAGGAAUGAAGAUCUUCAAUCAUUACUAUGACAAUGUACCACCAAAGCAAUCAGCUCAUGUCAUGCCGAGGGAAUUCUACAGACUUCUGCAACUUCACACCAAAGGCAUUCUGAAGUUGCGAGCUGGAAAAUGCAAGAACAAGCCAACAGAUAUUUAGAAGGAUGGGGUACAAGGCAAACAUACAUAGAAGUUCAAAUCUGUAAAACUGAAACCUAGCUAGUUUUCUGAAUGUGAUUUCUCUUUUUACCACUUUUUAUCUCCCAAUUUUUUGCCUUCCACUCAUCCAAAUACAGUCACAAUAAAAUUAUGAGAAGCACUUUGAAAUG